CUGCCCAAUGGCACGCAGGCCUCAACAAAAAGAAAGUAAUCCACAUUUUGAUUUCCGUCCUCAUCUUCCUCGCAAUUUCAACGUGCACUGACCAAAGUGAAAGGCAGAGCUUGAUUGCCCGCUCCAAGAUACAGGCCAAAAAAGCUCUACACCCAAACCAAGUGAGUCCAGACGUGCUACCCAAGUGUUGUACAGUCGAGUCCAAAGCAAGUCCAAAGAGCUCCAUGGCCGGGCAUGCUCCAUUGUAUCCACACUACGAUCACCCCCCUAUCUGUUGUCCUAGUGAAACUGGGACGACGAAGGCUAUGUUCUGAGUUCACGAUGUCGUCCACCCUCGCCAAGGAAGACAACAAAGUGCCAAGAUCACCAGAGAAAGCUCUGACCAUUCAAGACGGCAUAAAAUGAUUGGCAAUCAUCCUCCAACUGACCGGGUAAGAGUAUCGCUAGGAUGUCCACAACAAGAGAACAAGAACCAGCGAGAUCCUCCAUCAUUCGUACCAAAACUACCCCAUCAUCAACAGCGCCACUCAAGCGAAUGUCGUGGACAUCAAAAACAGGCAUGAUCCAUAAACAAGGACCAGGAAGUUGCCCUUAGAAUCCCCUAAGCAGUAGGGAAAGCCACAGUAAGGGGGGACCCCAAGGCUCCAAGAACAAGUGGCUAAGGACCAACCGUCCAUCACAACUUCUCCCAAAAGCAAUAACCAAUUUUAGCCCUCCACAGCCCAAAGUCAGUCUACAACAACCCAAAUUCAGCAGCUCCACCUCAAUUGGUACCAACCAAAAUCAGCAGCUCCACCAUGUUCAGCCCAUACACAAAAUAGAACCAAAUUCCAGGGGAAUGCAGUUACGAUAUUGCAUUACUGCCCAGGUCAAUGGCAACAGGAAAGCCACUGUCCAGGUAGCACCCAUAAUCACCAAUAAUGAAGCAAAGUCCAUACCAAGGUUGACCAGGCAGUCCUACCAGCAGGCGCAGUCAUACCCAAGGCACAAACAAGGCACAAGGUUACUAGCUCCCUCCCCAACAUCAACUUCCACACAACACAACUGUCAAGGGUUCAAAUCAGUCCCUACCUCAUGCAAAUGAGGUAAGGUAUGACAAAGUUGAGUCUUCAGGAGGUUGAGGGAGAGGUGGAACUUUCACGAAGACCAUUAUACCAGGGUAGAUGUUCCAACAUCAAGGCACAACCCAGAACUCACGAAUUAGCAGCAAAGGAUCAACAAAAUCAGCCCAAAAUCAGCAGUUUACUGGCCAAGUUAUUAAUGGGCAGGAAGCCUGUAAUCCAGCCCCUGGAAGUGGCCAGACCUGCGCAAAUGCCAGCCCAAAACCUGCCCAAUAGACUAUAUUGUUCCAUAAACCAAAACAGCCCUGCAAAAUGGUCAUUUCAAUCAUGAAACCCAAUCCAUCACCCAGCCAUUCAUGUGGCAAUUGAGCAUAGUCCAAAGCAGUCCCACAACUUCUCAACAGCAAAAAACAUCAACAACAGAAAUUGACAAAGCGAAAACCCCUUAGAAACCCAAAACAGCAGUGCAAAUGCUUUUGAGCUCCAUUUCCUCGUGCGUCACAUCUCCAGAUAUUCAAACACAGUGGUACCAAAAACUGGAAAUGCUUCCCAAUUCCAGUCCCAAUUCACGUCCAAAAAUGCAGCAGCAUCAAACAAAAGCAGCUCCAAGCAUUGGGCUGCUGGUACGUACUCAUAUAGCAACACCAAAAACAAAAAUGGAAAACCACAAACAGCAGGUGGUUGGUUCCAAAAUCAUACCCCACAGAGAAAUAAAUAAUAAUUCACAAGUAGUUAUCAAAAAUUGAUCAAAAAUUUGAUACAAUUCGAAGACCCCAGUAGCUCUGUGAACAGUGACUACGAUUCCCAAAUGCCAAAAUUCAAAGUGAAAAUCAAAUGGUGUUGAAAUCCAACUUCAUAAGAUGGAAGAGGAUUACAAACCGCUCAAAAAAACCAGAAGAGUAGUCACCAAAAUGCUCUGGAUCGAAGUGAACCCAUGAGACAAAAAUCGCGAUUUGAACAGUACCAGGCACCCCGUUGACCUUCGUUUUUCCAGAAAUUCAUGACCAAAAUCAGCAAAAUAACCUCAUAGAUAGAUUCACCAGCUGAAGGCGCAUCCAAGGCUCCAAAAAUCACAAGAGCGGAGCUUCAAUCGAUGGAGGAAGAGAGGAUCUUCAACUCGCGGUACUGUUCACUUCGGGUUCUAGAGAGAGAAACCCCAGCUCCAUUGAUUAUUAUUGAUAGCUCUUACAGUACUGUUCAACUCGCGGUCCUGUUCACUUCAGGUUCAUAGAGAGAGAAACCCCAGCCUCCAUUGAUUAUUCCCAUAGGUUCCAUGUUUCAAUCGCAUGUGGUUAAUACUUCGUAUAAUAGUUUUGGUAUAGCUCUGAUUUAUAUAUGCGCAAUAUGGGGGGUUGGGU